CUUUGAUCUUUGGAGAGAGCUCUAACUGGAGAUACAGAUUUGGCAGUCAGAUCUAUCGAUUAUGGUUAAACCGUGAGAACGAAGGAGCUUGCUUAGAAUAUCCAGAGUACUCUCUGACAAACAGGAGCUUGUGAGAUAUGAGUAUUUGUUUUGUGUCUGUGGUGGGGUCUCCAUGAAAGAAACUAAACACAGUGAACAAACAAGUAGAAAGAACACUGGGAAUCUGUAGUUCCAAGGGACAGAAGGCAAUAAGAAUUUUAAGAAAGAUGGUAUCAACAACCAACAGUGAAAAAGAAGAUCAAGGAAGAUAAAGAAUGGAAAGCAUCUAUCUAUUGGAUUCUGUCAGAGGAGCUUUGUUGAGAGUACUUCAAAGAUAUGCUGAGACUGAAAAGCAGAUCUCUAGGGAUUCAGGCAGAAAAAAUGUCAAAGAUUGGGAGUUUUGAAGGAUUCCAGCCUGUGUCUCUGAAGCAAGAGGGAGAUGACCAACCCUCUGAGACUGACCAACUGUCCAUGGAGGAGGGGGACCCAGGCAAGGACCCAGAGCCAAGCCGUAUUUCAAGGCAGCCAAGUGUGACUGAAUCAACACUGUACCCCAAUCCUUAUCACCAACCUUAUGUCUCACGGAAGUACUUCGUUACACGGCCAGGGGCCAUUGAGACUGCCAUGGAAGACUUGAAAGGCCACAUGGCGAAGACUCCUGGAGAGACAAUUCAAGGCUUCUGGCUCUUGACAGAGAUAGAUCAUUGGAACAAUGAGAAGGAGAGGAUUUUGCUGGUCACAGAUAAGACUCUCUUGAUCUGCAAAUAUGACUUCAUCAUGCUCAGCUGUGUGCAGUUGCAGCGGAUUCCCCUGAGCGCUGUCUAUCGCAUCUGCCUGGGCAAGUUUGUCUUUCCUGGGAUGUCAUUGGACAAGAGACAAGGAGAAGGCCUUAGGAUCUACUGGGGGAGUCUGGAACAGCAGUCCCUCUUAUCUCGCUGGAACCCAUGGUCCACUGAGGUGCCUUAUGCGACCUUCACUGAGCACCCUAUGAAGUACACCAGUGAGAAGUUCCUCGAAAUUUGUAAGUUGUCUGGGUUCACGUCUAAACUUGUUGCAGCUAUCCAGAAUGCCCACAAGAAUUCCACUGGAUCUGGAAGAAGACAGGGACUGAUGGUGUUAACUGAACCCAUUUUGAUUGAAACCUACAUGGGGCUGAUGUCAUUCAUUGGAAACCGCAACAAACUCGGCUAUUCCCUUGCCCGUGGGAGUAUUGGUUUUUGAGACUCCUUCUGGCAUUAUAAGUAUGCCAUCCACUGAUCUACCUUCAUUGAAGAUUCUGUUUCAGACCACCAUAUAUUUGGACUGACUUAGUUCCUUUUAAAUACUAUUACAUGGUAUUGAACACUUAGUAUCUUAGGAAAUCUAUAAUCUUGAUUAGACUGAUAGAUGCACACCUCAGACCUCAUAUAAGAACAAUCAAAUUUCCUAACCAGAAAAUAAAUGCUCUUAAGCUUA